AUGGCUCGUAAACGCAAAAACAGAACCCAUCUUAAAGGAGGAGUAACAAAGGAUGCGUCUGCCAGCAAUAUCCCAAAAUCCAUUAUCAUCAAACAUGGACAGGUCGGCCAUUCUAUUGCCCAGCUUGUGCGAGACAUGCGCAAGGUCAUGGAACCCAACACUGCUUCACGACUCCGGGAAAGAAGUAGAAAUAAACUAAAAGACUUCUUGACUAUGGGGCCCGCUCUUUCAGUAUCCCAUCUACUUGCUUUUACAUUAACACCUGUAGCCCCGUCCCUGCGCAUCGUCAAGUUGUCCGACGGACCCACGUUUAGUUUCCGCAUCGAAAGAUAUAGUCUGAUGAAGGAUGUUAUAAGCAGUUCACGGAGAGCACGAAGUGUAGGAAUGGAAUAUCUCAGCCCUCCUCUCCUCGUGCUUGCAUCAUUUCCGCCACCUUCGCCGGCAACACCGCCUCAUCUUCCUCUUCUCAUGAAGUCCUUCCAGUCCUUAUUCCCUCCUCUGUCUCCUCACACUCUAAGUCUAUCCUCCGCGCGCCGAGUCGUCCUGAUAUCUUACAACGCGGAACGCGGCACAGUUGAUUUCCGCCAUUACAUCAUCAAAGUCAAGCCUUAUGGCGUGUCAAAACGUGUGCGCCGGGUUCUUGAAGGAGCAGCGUCGUCUGCAAAGAGUUUGUCCGGAGUCCUCGACCUCGGAAACGAAAAAGAUGUCGCCGACUUUCUGCUUCGUAAACGAGGAGAACCUGGUCCCGAAGGCGGGUAUGAGAGCGCUGCUUCAUCAGCAGAGAGCACAAUGGGAGAUGAUGCGGACGCUGUUGACCUGGCUGAGGAUUACGUUGGCAGGAACAACCGGAAAGGACAGAGAAGAGCUGUGAGGCUGGAUGAAGUGGGCCCUCGAAUGGAGUUGCGGUUAAUCAAAAUUUCAGAAGGUGUUCCAGGGAAAGAAGGCGCGGUCAUGUAUCAUCAUUUUAUUAAAAAAUCGAAGAAAGAGGUCAUGCAGCAGAAAGCGGAGCAUGCAGCAAAGGCGAAAUUGAAGAAGGAAAGGAGAGAGGAACAGGAGCGCAAUGUACAGCGCAAGAAAGCAACCAAGAAGGGACGCGAAGCUGGAGAAGACGACGACGAAGAGGAAGAGGAGGAAGAGGAAGGAGAAGCAAGCGAAGAAGAGAAUGAAGAUGGACUUGGAGUUUGGGACGAUGAAGAAGAUAUCAGCGAUGAUGAAGAGGCAGAAGAGGAAGAGACAUCCGCAGCAGAAAGCUCUGAUGAUGAGCGACCACCCAUCAAAAAAGUAAAGACUAAAGGGAGACGUUAG